AAGGCGAGCGGGCGGGGGUUGAACGUGGAUCACGCCCAAGGGACCCUCUUUCUGCCCCGCGGGGAGCAGAGGCGCCGAGAGAGGGAAAAAGAGAGGAGGGACAAGUCCCUAACUCCGGGAUCCCACCCUCCCUUUGCAUAGAGGGAGGAGGAGGGAGGGGGAGGUUAAGCAAACCCGGAGCUGGCCCAGCAGGACCUACUUUCCUCUCUGAAAAUGGCUGCCUCGGUGAACACUUUCUGUUCAAUUCCUUAAAGCCCUUCGUUGUGGGGGGAAAAGCGGAGGGGGGCAAAGACCCAGCCAGCGAUGCUUCUUUGAAUCCUGUCCUCUCCUGGAGCUGAGGAUUAGGGUGCGAGGGGAGAAGGUGAGAAGUUAACAACAACAACAAAAAAUAAAUAAACGGGAAGGAGAGACCGAAACAGGAAAAGAAAGAGAGGAGGCCUGGAACAGAAGCCUCUGCGUUCCAUCCGAAGGGGUUCCAUUCUCCAAGAACCUGCAACGUUCUAUCUGGCCUCAAAGAGGGAACAAAUGCAAAGCCUUUCUUUUUUAUCCUUUCUCAAUUUUUUGGAUAAUGAUUUCUGCUGUAUCUUGCCGAUGGAUUUUGCCGGGUGAGGAUUUCUGGAACAUCUUGUAGAAGAGAGUGUAUUGGAUUAUAGGGCUGCUGCUUCUCAGGAGAGCCUCUGCUGGAUUGUUUGCUGUUUCUGCUGCUUUCCAUCCACCUGAAGGUUUAAAUUGAGGUCUAUUGUAGACAGGAUGGAUGAUCAGAAACCACCUGGUGAGGACAAAGACUGUGGCACACCAGCAGCAGAUGGAAUCGCAUCCUCAGAAGAGCCGGGGAGUGUGGAAGCCGAUCCUCUGAAACCACCAGAAGAGGACCCUGCGAAUGAGACAGUGAAUGAGGAGGAAGCUACAGAAGAACCAUCCCAAACUUCCAGCUCCCCACCCAAACGCUGUGCAUUCUGUAACUGCAGCAAGUGGAGUUUGCAUGGGCAGCGAGAGCUCUUACGUUUUGAUCCUGCUCCUGGCUGGGCAGAAGAGCUUUCUGACCAACAGGAAGGGAAGCAGCCUGGCACAGCAGAGGCUGGAGGUGAUGACCUGACCCUGAUUGGCUUUGCAGAGGGUGUGUCAGCCCAAGAGGUGUUUGAGCCAACAGGGCACUUUUGGGCUCAUCACUGGUGUGUGGUGUGGUCAGCUGGAGUCUUGCGCGCGGAAGGAUCAUGGUUGAGCCAUGUGAACAAAGCGGUCAUCUCAGGGAUUGCACAGAAAUGUGAACACUGUAACAGGCGGGGUGCUACCAUUCCGUGCCAUGCAGAGGGGUGCCAGCGCUACUAUCACUUCCCCUGUGCAGCAGCUAGUGGCUGCUUCCAGUCCAUGAAGAGCUUGAAGCUUCUGUGUCCAGAACACCUAGACCAAGCUGUACAGAUGGAAGACUCACGCUGCAUGGUGUGCGAUACCCCAGGGGAGUUGCGCGACCUGCUCUUCUGCACUAGUUGUGGCCUGCACUACCACGGGGCCUGUCUGGAGAUCACGGUGACACCACGCAAACGCUCAGGCUGGCAAUGUCAUGAGUGCAAAGUUUGCCAGACUUGCAGGCUGUCUGGUGAGGACAGCAGGAUGCUGGUGUGUGAAGCUUGUGAAAAAUGCUACCAUACCUACUGCUUGAAGCCAGCCAUCGAGAGCCUCCCCACAGACUCCUGGAAGUGCAAAAGCUGCCGUGUGUGUUCUGUCUGUGGCUUCCGCUCGUCUGCACUGGACCCUAGCAGCCAAUGGUACGAGAACUACUCUCUGUGUGAAGGAUGCCGAGAGCAGCGUUGCAAGAGUACAAACAACACUGAGGCCGCACUACACAGCCUGGAGCACGGUCCCCCACCAAACAGCAUCUCCACCGCAGACAAGCCGGCAUCCCCCAUCCAGCCUCCGGAGGAAACGUCUGUUGCCAAUGAGGGGCUGCAAGAAAGCCAUGGCAGCCCUGCCAGUGUGCACCAAGAGGAGCAGAUGCCCUUGGCGUGCGGUGAGGAGCCUGCUGAUGCAGACAAGCCUCUAGAGGUGUCCAGUGUGGAUCCAGAGGCUCCCACAGGGCAGGAGCUAAUGGAAGUGGAGACACCAUUGGAACCAGAAAAGGCCCCCUCUCCCCCACCCCCUCCUCCAGUACCACCAGAUCCAGUGUCACCUGCCCACCCAGAGGAAUCAUCGCUCGGUGCCAAAGAGCAUUCCACCUUUGAGUUGCUUCCCAUAGAGCCAGAACCUCUAGAAAGCCAUAGUGAGUCAGCUCCCUCUACCCAGUCCUCUCCCAUGAGCCCUCUGCCUGGCUCUCUCAAGGCUGGUUCCCCUGAAGCUGCUGAGGAGGGAGAGCCUGGUGAGGAGCCCAUGGACACAGGGAUGGAGGCACUAGUCCUCGACAGUCCGGUUAGCAACAGAGUCCAGCCCAGCCAGGAGGAGGAGGAGGAGGAGGAAGAGGAGGCAGCAGCACCCAAGAUGGAGCUUGAGGAGAGAUUUUCCCCACAGCUAAGUGAGGAGGAGGCCCCAGAAGAGCGACAGGCCACAGUUGGGCCAGAGCCCAGCGAGUCUUGCCUCAAUUUUGCCAGUGAACCCAAGCGCUCCCCCUCACCUGUAGAGGCAGAAUUGCUGGGCAGCACACCCACCCCAAUGGAGGCCUAUGGGACUGCCAAUCCUCUAGAGGGAGGGCCAGGCGGAGAUGAGGAAGCAGGACCGGCCCCACCACCCUUGAGGCCCCACCACUUGGUUAAGUCAGAUAUUGUGAAUGAAAUCUCCAACCUGAGCCAGGGCGAUGCCAGUGCCAGCAGCUUCCCAGGCUCCGAGCUCCCGUUUGCCUCCCCCUACCACGAAGGUGGGGGCUCACUUUCUCUGGAGAUGGCUGGCCUGACUUCCACGGACGUCAGCCUGCAGAGGGAAGACGGAGCCUCUCUGCCCCUGGGUGACAUGGAUGACUCUCUACCAUUUGAUGUGAAAGGCGAGUGUGAGAAGGGUCGGCGGCGCAGCUCCCCAGCCCGCUCCCGUGUCAAACAGGGUCGCAGCAGCAGUUUUCCUGGGAGGAGACGGCCCCGGGGAGGGUCCCACACAGGCCGGGGGCGGGGCCGGUCACGAUUGAAAUCCACCACUUCUUCCAUUGAGACAUUGGCGCUUGCGGAUAUCGACAGCUCCCCGAGCAAGGAGGAUGACGAUGAUGAUGACGACACAAUGCAAAAUACAGUGGUGCUCUUCUCCAACACAGACAAGUUUGUGCUGAUGCAGGACAUGUGUGUAGUAUGCGGCAGCUUUGGCCGAGGCGCCGAGGGCCAUCUCCUGGCAUGUUCACAGUGUUCACAGUGCUACCAUCCUUACUGUGUCAACAGCAAGAUCACCAAGGUGAUGCUGCUAAAGGGCUGGCGCUGUGUGGAAUGCAUCGUGUGCGAGGUCUGUGGCAAAGCGUCUGACCCCUCCCGCCUGUUGCUCUGUGAUGACUGUGAUAUCAGCUACCACACGUAUUGCCUGGACCCUCCUCUCAACACGGUGCCCAAGGGUGGCUGGAAGUGUAAAUGGUGUGUGUGCUGUGUGCAGUGUGGGUCGGUUUCACCUGGCUUCCACUGUGAAUGGCAGAACAAUUACACCCACUGUGCUCCCUGUGCCAGUCUUGUCACCUGUCCCAUCUGCCAGGUGAAGUAUGUGGAGGAUGAUCUCUUAAUCCAGUGUCAGCACUGUGAGCGGUGGAUGCACGCUGUGUGUGACAACCUUUUCACUGAGGAAGAAGUAGAGCAAGCAGCAGAUGAGGGAUUUGACUGUGCCUCGUGUCAGCCCUAUGUAGUCAAGCCUGUUGUUCCAGUUCCCCCUCCGGAAAUUAUCCCCGUGAAGAUCAAGGAGCCAGAACCUCAGUAUUUUCGCUUUGAAGGUGUCUGGCUAACAGAGGCUGGCAUGGCAGUGCUGCGUAACUUGUCCUUAUCGCCAUUACACAAGCGCCGACCUCGCAAAACAUUGACAAUAACACCAACCACGCCACGGCCGGGCACCUUCAAUGGUGAAGGUGGGCUGGACGGGAUUGAUCCUCUGGGUGCUGAUGAAAAAAAGGAUGGUGAAGUGGAGGCAGAUGAGAUCCUGAAAGCUGAAGUUAGCAUCGAGCACAUGGAGUGUGAGAUCAAACUGGAAGCUCCUGCUACCCCAGAGAGGGAAGCCACAGCCGAUGCUGAUUUGGGGAAAGGUCUGUUGGAAGACUCGGAGGAAGUCAAGAAGCGGAAGCGCAAGCCAUAUCGUCCAGGUAUUGGAGGGUUCAUGGUGCGGCAGCGAAAGUCACACACACGCUUGAAAAAGAGUUCAGCGGCUGUGGCAGAACCCUCUCGUGAGGUGAUAGGUGCCGAAGGGCACCCAGAAGAGGCAGGAGCUCAGCCCAACCCACCCUCUGAAACCCCUGCAGAGGCAAUUGCUGAGCAGAUAGUGGUGGAGGGGGAUGAGAAGAAGAAACGUCGAGGCAGGAAAAAGAGCAAACUGGAAGACAUGUUCCCUGCUUACCUUCAGGAAGCAUUUUUUGGAAAGACGCUCUUAGACCUGAGCCGAAAGGCCUUGCUGGCAGCUGGUGGUCUGGGUGGGGAUAGCACUACUCACCCUCCUGUUGGCCAGGGACCCCCCAGGCCCAAGACGGAUUCCAGCAUGCUCCAGAAAGGGCCCGUGGAUGGGAAAGAGGCUUCAGUUCAGCCCAAAGGGGAUGAAUGUGUUGACAGCAGGGAGGCAGCAGCUCCAGAAAACAACUUGAAAACAGCUGAUGCCAAGGCCGAGAAUACCGGCACAGAGGAACAGAUGGUACCCAAGAACUCUGCAGAUCCUACAGGUGCCGAGAACCCAGCCACACCCCCGGGGGAGGGGGUGCUCAGCUCCGACCUUGACAAAAUCCCCACUGAAGAACUACCUAAAAUGGAGAGCAAGGAUGUUCAGCAGCUCUUUAAAGAUGUCCUGGGGUCCACUGAGCGAGAGCAGCAGCUCAACUGUGUUGGGACAGAAGCUGAGGCUGGCGGUAUCCGUGACCCAAAUCGCACGCAGCUCGCCCAGAGGCCUUUCUUGCAAGGUGCUGGUGUCUCCCUUGGACCCUUGCAACCCGCUGUGCCCAUGGAGACCUACUCUGGAGUUUGCCAGUCCCCUUUCCUGGAUAGCAGGGAGAGGAGUGGCUUCUUCAGCCCUGAGCAAUGUGAACCGGAGAGUCCCUGGGCCAGCAGCUCUGCAGCUUCUACACCCACCACGCCCACCACAGAGGGGGAGAAUGAUGGGCUUUCUUAUAACCAGCGGAGCCUGCAGCGCUGGGAGAAGGAUGAGGAGCUGGGCGAAUUAUCCACCAUCUCACCUGUGUUAUAUGCCAACAUGAACUUUCCCAGUCUCAAGCAGGACUACCCAGACUGGUCUAGCCGUUGCAAGCAGAUCAUGAAGCUCUGGAGAAAGGUGCCAGCCCCAGACAAAGCCCCUUAUUUGCAAAAGGCCAAAGAUAACAGGGCAGCCCACCGCAUCAACAAAGUGCAGAAGCAAGCUGAGAGCCAGAUCAACAAGCAGACCAAAGUUGAGGUGCUGCGGAGACCAGACCGCCCUGCCCUGCACCUGCGCAUCCCAUCCCAGCAGGGGGUGCUGCCUGGUGGCACCCAGCCCCCUCCUGCCACCUCAGCGCCUGGACCCCCCCUCUGCGUCAACAGCGCUGCAGCUCUGCCAAGCGGGUCGGGUGUUGAGUCAUCCGGCGAGCCCUUCCUCAAGCUCCCUCCUUCUGCCCCCAGUGCCCAGCCCCCAGCGCAAGUGCCUUUGCACGAGCCCUACGGCAUGGCUUCUGCCUGCCCCCCGCCAGACCCAGGUUUCCCCUCCCCCUCCCUGGUGGGCCAGAGCCCAGCAGUGCCUGCUGGCUUUGUCUCCGCAUCUGCCGCGGGGCAUUCCCCACUCCUGCCUAACCCUCGUCCGGCCCUGCCACCUGGGGAGUUCCAGCCCACCCCCCCUGGCACCCCGAGACACCAGCCCUCCACACCAGACCCGUUCCUCAAGCCCCGGUGCCCCAAUGGGUCCUUGGAAAGCUUGUCCGUGCCUGGCAGCCCCCAGCGAGCAGCCCUGCUGCUUUCGCCUCCACCCUUUGGGGAGCAGAAGAAAGUGCUGGAUGUCAAGAAGGAGGACGCAGGCCCAGGGAUCUCCUCUCCCAGCUACGGCUCCAGCUACGGCGACUCUCCCUCUGGGGCUCAGCACUCCUCUGAAAUGAAGGCUCCCGAUGUUUUUAAAGCCCCCCUCACCCCCCGCCAGUCUCAGGUGGAGCCCCAGAGCCCAGGCUUGGGGCACCGGCCCCCCGAUGCUCAUUCCCUGGCUGCCUCUCCCCCCAGCCAGUCUGAUCUCUACAAACAGACCCCAUACCCAGAUCCUUACGCUCAGCCUCCACUGACACCGAGGCCACAGCCCCCACCCCCAGAGAGCUGCUGUGCCCUGCCCCCUCGCUCGUUGCCCUCUGACCCCUUUUCCCGCAUCCCUGCCAGCCCGCAGUCCCAGUCCAGCUCCCAGUCCCCUCUCACACCCCGGCCACUCUCCAACGAAGCCUUCUGCCAGUCCCCAGUCACACCCCGAUUUCAGUCCCCUGACCCGUACUCUCGGCCCCCGUCACGGCCCCAGUCCCGGGAUCCCUUCGGCCCCUUGCACAAGCCCCCUCGGCCCCAGAUCCCAGAUGCUGGCAGCUUCAAGCCAAUUCCGGUUUCUCAUAAUACCCACGCUGUCGGUAAUUUCCCUUCAGGGCCUCCCUCAGCUGAGUCUCCCCACACCAAGGCCAACCAGCAGCCCCAGUUUGCCCGCUCCCCUGGUGCCAGUGUCUUCCCGAAUGCUCAGCCUCAGAUGCGCUUCACAUUCCCUCCCAGUGAGACAGUCAAGAGCUCCCCUUCCCAUGGGGUCAACAGCCAUUUUGCUCCUGGCAAACCGCAAAGCACAAGUUACGUGUCCUCGCCGGGGUUCCACCAAACUAGCAGCCCCCUGGGGCCGGGCAAGAACACUACAGACUCCUACAAUGUCUCUCCGCUGCGGCCUCCCUCAGUUCUGCCCCAGCAGCCCGCCCCUCAGCAGGAGGGCACCUUGUCCUACCUGCCAGCACGAGCAAGCAUGGUGCCACCAGGGGACAAGAGAGAAGAAGGACUGGUAGCAGGGCCCCCUAACAGAGACCUGCAGGAGCUGCCUGCCAGCCAGGAGGGGGCAAUGGGCAGCAACCCCACCCAGACAGAGAUGGAGAAACAGCGGCAGCGCCAGAGGCUCCGUGAGUUGCUCAUUCGGCAGCAGAUCCAGAGAAACAACUUGAGACAAGAAAAAGAGAGUGCAGCGGCUGCAGCCACCAACACACAGGCAUCAUGGAAUCCGGAGAGCAGUGGGCAAGCCUUUGAGCAGAUGAAUCGGAGCAUGACUCCUUACCCAUCGGCACAGGAGAAGGGAAUACUAGGCGGCUUGGGUGGCACUCCAGGGGGCAGCAAACUCCCCAGUACAGUCAUGGUGCAAGCAGCCUAUGUGCAGGACGAGCGACUUGCUCGGCCACCCCCAGCAGCCACCCCUUCUUCCAUGGAUAUCAAUGGCAGGCCCUCAGUGGCAGCUGCACAGCCAUUUUAUCCCCGUGGUGUCUUCCAAGCCCCAUCUCCACAGCAGCAGAUGUGGCAGCAGCAGCAAGCCGUAUCCAUGCGACUCUCCGUCUCUUCACGCUUCCCCCAGCCCCCUACCCAAGACUUGAGCCGUCAAGGACUCGGGGGUCUUCCCCCACGUCUGCCAGGUCCUGGUGAACAGCUUCAGGCUGCAGCUGGCACACUGGGAGCCCAGUUCAUUGAGCUACGGCACAACAUCCAGAAGGGGGUGCUUGGGAGUGGAGCUGGGCCUGCCUUUGUCCAGCAAAAUCCACAGGUUCGACCCAGAUUCUUCUUGCCUGGAAAUGAUAAUGCUGCGCAGGCUUUGAAAGCGUCUGUUAUGCCCAUGCAGGCACCUGUCCUGGGAGGCCAAGGCAUGCAAACACAAAAGAUCCCUAUUUCAACCUCCCCUCAGGGGGCAGAGAUGAGCAACAGCCAUCACGCUCAUGCCAAGAGCAUGCCUCAGUUGAUCCUACCGCCUGGAAACCUGGAGAUGCAACAUAUCCCACCCCGGCCUCUCACAUCAUCUGGCCCUAAAGAUGUGCCCAUCACCCCAGUGGUUGUAGAUGCUACUUCAGCCGCUGGCAAGAACCAGUUAGGUCUAGCUAGUAGGCCGUUACCUUGUGAGGUGCCAGUGGAACCAGACUUAGAUGAUGACUUUGAUUCCCACAAGGAUCUGGAGGAUGAUGAUGACUUGGCCAACUUGAGUCUUGAUCCAGAUGUUGCCAAAGGUGAUGAUGACUUAGGCAACUUGGAUAACCUGGAAACCAAUGACCCACACCUGGAUGACCUGCUGAAUGGUGAUGAGUUUGACCUGCUGGCCUACACAGACCCCGAGCUGGACACAGGGGAUAAGAAGGACAUCUUCAACGAGCAUCUGCGCUUGGUGGAAUCUGCCAAUGAGAAGGCUGAACGGGAUGCUCUGCUCAAGACAGAGCCCUCUUCUGGACCCUACCUCAAGGAUGCUCCUUCCACUGGUGCUGGCAAGCCAGAUAAGCCGAAGGCACCAUCGUUGCCCAGGGAUGAUAUGCCCAGGGCUAAAGAGGGGCUUAGUCUUCUGCAUGCUCCUGCCUCUUCCUCUGCAGGGGUGCCCCCGUCCCCUGUCCUUGUAAAAACCCACAAUGACAUGCUGGAUAACAAGAUGGUGAGCCUACCUGCUGAUAUUAAGCCCAAAUUAGAAGAAGGCUGCCUCAAGUCCUCGCCGUGCCAAUUUAACACCAGCACUCCAGAGAAGCUUCCUGUCAAAUCUGAAGGAGCUGAGAAAAUGGUCGCCACCUUAGCAGGGAACAUGAAGCCUGGCCAGAGCCUCAUGAGUCCUGCUGGAGUACGCCUUGGCAUUGCCCAGUUCCACAGCAACAACCACCCUUCUGUGUCAGAAAAGGUUCUCUAUGGCACCCCAAGCCGCCCACCACUUGCUCCUGUCCAAAUGGGCAAUGACAGUAACACCCUCCUAGAAAAGUUUGAGCUAGAUGGGGGUGCCCUGAGCCUAGCUAAUACUCAGCAGCACUCACCAGCAGAUGAUCUGGACAAGAUGGAAAGCUCCCUGGUAGCCAGCGAGCUGCCUCUCCUGAUUGAAGAUCUCCUGGAACACGAGAAGAAAGAGCUGCAGAAGAAACAGCAGAUGUCUGCUCAAAUGCCAGGUGGAUCGCAACACCUCCAGCCCCACACCAUGCUGGCUCACCCUGCACCUUCUUCCCAGCCUCAUGAUGGGCAACUGGUAAGUCCCCAGCAACAGCUUCAGUUGGGCCUCGUGGCCAGGCAACAGGGUAUGGUGGCCAACCAGCAAUUGAUGCAGCAGCAGCAGCAGCAGCAGCAGCAGCAGCAGCAGCAGCAGCAGCAGCAACAGCAGCAACCACCACGCCUGGCUGGUCCCCAGCAAAGCCAGGUACUGGCUCCACAUUUGGGCGUGACUCAGAACCAGGCUCAUAUGCUUGCCACCCAGCAUGGCGUCCAGGCAGCACAUGGCCAGCAGAACCAGCAGCAGGUCUUAAUGCAGACAACUAUGCCUGGAGUGCAGCAGCCGCAGCAGCAGCCACAGCAGCAGCCGCAGCCGCAGCAGCAGCAGCAGAUGAUAGGACUUAAGCCCCAGCAAGUUGUCAUGCAGUCACAGCAGCAGCAGCUGGCCAACAGCUUCUUCCCUGAUACAGAAGAUCUGGAUAAAUUUGCUACUGAAGACAUCAUGGAUCCCAUUGCCAAAGCUAAGAUGGUGGCACUGAAGGGUAUCAAGAAGGUCAUGGCACAGGGCAGCAUUGGGGUGCCUCCUGGCAUGAACAGGCAACAAGUCUCCUUGCUGGCUCAGAGGUUGUCUGGAGCUUCAUCUUCCUCUGAAAUGCAGAACCACAUCCUCCCUGGCUCUGGAGGACAGGAGCGGAGCAAUGAUCCAACCCAGGCUCGUCCAAACCCACCCACCUUUGCUCAAGGUGUCAUCAAUGAAGCUGAUCAGCGUCAGUAUGAAGAGUGGCUUUUUCACACACAGCAACUCCUCCAGAUGCAGCUGAAGGUGCUUGAGGAGCAAAUAGGGGUUCACCGCAAGUCCCGCAAGGCCUUGUGUGCCAAGCAGCGGACAGCUAAAAAGGCUGGCCGGGAGUUUCCUGAGGCUGAUGCUGAAAAGCUGAAGUUGGUGACUGAGCAGCAGAGCAAGAUCCAGAAGCAGUUGGAUCAGGUUCGGAAACAGCAGAAGGAGCAUACCAAUCUCAUGGCUGAGUACCGCAACAAGCAACAGCAACACCAGCAGCAAACCUCCACUGUCCUGGCCCUCAGCCCUUCUCAGAGCCCUCGCCUCAUGGCUAAGCUGCCCGGCCAGCUGCUUUCCUCACAUGGCCUCCCACAGGGGCCACAGGGCCUGGCAGGAGGCUUGCGCCUCCCUCAGGCUUCCCCCAUGGCUGUUCAGCAGGGCUUGCCAUUCAUGGGGCAGCAGCAGCCCCAGCCGCAGCAGCCCCCUGGUGGUGCUGCCCCCAGCAACUUUUUCUCCAGCAACCGUCUCUUGCAGGAAAGGCAGCUGCAGCAGCAAAGGCUGCAGCUGGCCCAGAAAUUGCAACAGCAAAACCUCAUGGGGCAAGUGUCAAUGCAGCAGCAUCAGCAGCAGCAGCAGAGCCUCAUGGGACAAAUGACAAUGCAGCAGCAGCAGCAGCAGAGCCUCAUGGGACAGGUGUCCAUGGUGCAGCAGCAGCAGCAGCAGCAGAGCCUUAUGGGACAGGUGUCCGUGCAGCCGCCGCCAAGCAGCUUAGGCCAGGCUGGCUUGAUGGGCCAACCCCCUCCUCCACCACCAACACCUCAGCCCAGCCAGAACCUGCUCCCCAAGCAGCAAGGGCUGCUAAACAGCCAGCCAGGAGUCAUGGUCCAGCAGCUUUCGCCACCGCCGCCGCCACAGCAGCAGCAGCAGCAACAGCAGCAGCAGCAGCAGCAGCAGCAGCAGCAAGCCAUGCUGGGACACCCCAUGCUGCAACAUCAGGGCAUGAUGGCUCACCCAGCUUCACAGAGGCAAAUGCUCUUGGCUCCACAGCAGCACAGGGCACUGGGCUCCCCUCAGCAGCAGGCCCAGGGGAUGAUGGGGCAUCGGGUGCUUUUGUCGCCGCAGCAGCAGCAGGCAGGGCUACUGGGCCAACAGAGGACUUUGCUGAGUCAGCAGCAGCAGAACAACAUAGCGCAGCACCAGACACUGCUGGGCCAGGGGCCAGCUGCCCAGCCCGGGGCGCUGGGGGCAGCCCCUCAGCCGGGUGCCCUCAGCCAGGGGCAGGGUGUAGCCACAGAACCGAUCCAGCACUUUGUGCAGCAUGGAUCUCUGAACCAGCCGCUGCACUCGAGUCAGGGAAUGCAGCCCACCCUGCCGCAGCAGCAGCAGCAGCAGCAGCAGCAGCAGCAGCAGCAGCAGCAGGGUCUGGUUGUCAAGGAACAGCAGGGAGGGCCAGAAAGCACCUCUGGGCUGCCACAAGAAGGGCCUGAUGGUGUGGUGCUGCAGCCACAGCAACUUCGGCCCCAUUUGGUAGGCCAGGAACUGGGAGCACAGCUGCAGAUGGGCAGCCAGGAACAACAGGGGAUGCCUAGCCGUGGAACACCUCUGCAGGAGCAGCCCUCGCAGCUGAUGCUCCAGCAGCAUGGGGAGCAGCCAAAGCAGUCAGUUGACAUGGGACAGGCACCGCACCUUCUUCCGGGCUCUCAGCAGCAGGGCACCUUGGGAUCCCUGCAGCUUCGGAUGCAGCAGAAGCAGCAGCAGCAAAGCAGCCAUCUGCAGCAGCAGCAGCAGCAGCAGCAAAGCAACCACCUCCAGCAGUCACUGCGGACUCACCUGCCUAUAGAUGGUAUCCUACAGCAAGAGGUGUCUCAGCAGCAGCAGCACCACCACCACCACCGAGAUAGCACUCAGGCCUCCAACUUGCUAAAUCUGCAGAUGGAACAGCACGGUCAAGUGCAAAACAUCAUGGCUCAGCAGCAAAGGAUUGUGGGCCAGAACUUGGAGCAGCCUUCAAAAGGCUUACCAGGGCAGCUCCCUUUGCAGCAGCCGCCGUCGCAGCAGCAGCAGCAGCCGCCGCCGUUGCAGCAGCAGCAGCAACUGCCGUUGCAGCAGCAGCAGCGCCUUCAGAGCCCAGCUGGGCCUUCCAAAACAUCAGGGUUGAUGGUGCCACUGCAGCAGCAGCAAAGCAUGAUGGUGCAGCAGUCCUUGCCGCAAGGCCAAAGCAUCCUGUCAAGCCCUGUGAUGGGCCAGCUCCGUGCCCAGCUUCAGGGGGUCAUCUCCAAAAACCCACAGCUUCGGAACCUCACUCUUCAGCAGCAGCAGCAGUUGCAAGUCCUGCUAAUGCAGCGGCACCAGCAGAACCUGCUGCAACAGAACCAGGCCUUGCGGCAGGCCAGCCCCUACCCAGGGCAGGCGGCAGCACCAGUGGACCAAGGUCAGCCUACCACUCCACAGCUUUCGCUGCCUGGCGCCGUGGGACAGCCGCCGCCGAGACAGCCUCCUCUCGCUGUGUUCCAAAUUCGUCCAGAGCAGGGCCUUGCUGCCUCUGUGGAGCAGCAGAGAGUGCCAGUGAGCCAGCAAGCAACCCCCACUCCCACCAGCACAGGGGUGUCAAGGCUCUCUACCCCGCAGCCUCCCUCCGUGCCCUUGAGCAUUGCUGGCAUGGCACCUACACCGCCGCCGCAGCACCCUCUUCCUUCAGAACCAAAGAGACCGUCCCCUUUGCUCCUAGAUAAAAGCCCUGAGCAGCACCCAGCUCCCACCCAGAAACACCAUCCUGCUACCCCCAGCCCCCUGCUGCCUCCUGACCCACCUUCUGUCCCCAGCACAGGGGAGACUGUUCCCGAGACCUGUAGCCUCAGAGACUCAGAGUGCCCCAAAGAUCCCGUGGAGUCAGUCAAUGGUCAGGUGGCGAAAUCCGCUUCCCCACCAGCAGGGAGAAGAGUCCUGCCGUUACCAGGAGACCCUCCCCUUGUGUGUAUCAAACAGGAGCCCAAAGAAGAGGCAGCCCAGUGUGCACUGAUGAACAGUGCCCAGCCUGUCAAGCGAGAGGCAAAUGGGGAUCCCGUGUCCACCAGUAAUAGCCUCACCCGCACCGAAGCCGGCCACCUCUUGCUGCAGAAGCUGCUGCGAGCCAAGAAUGUGACCCUUGCCACACAGCGCUCCGGCGGUGUCAAUGGGCACGUGGAUGGCAAGCUGGCUGGGGUGGAGGGCCGGUUGCAGGUGGCACCAGACGCGCGAGAGGAUAUGCUAGCAGCGAAGAAACCCCCACCACCAAAGCCCAAGAGAGCUCAAAAAGCCGGGGAGCGACUUGCCAACUCCCGUAAGAAGCUGCGCAAGGAGGAUGGAGUGAAGACCAAUGAAGCCCUAAUGAAGCAACUGAAGCAGGAACUCUCCCUGCUGCCUCUCAUGGAACCUGUUAUUACUGCCAAUUUCAACCUUUUCCCACCCUUUGGGAGCAGCCCAAUCAACGGCAAGAGCCAACUCAAGGGUUCUUUUGGUAACGCGGCCCUGGACAGCAUUCCAGACUACUACUCGCAGCUUCUCACAAAGAACAACUUGAGCAACCCACCCACGCCACCUUCUUCACUGCCCCCCACACCACCACCCUCUGUACAGCAAAAGCUGGUGAAUGGAGUUCUGCCUUCAGAGGAACUGACUGAGCAGCCCAAGGAACCAGUACUGCCCCAUGAGCCCGAAGGGCAGAAGGAUGUUCCUUCUGUGGAAGUGAAAAGCUUGGACCUCCUCGCAGCUCUGCCCACGCCACCACACAACCAGACUGAGGAUGUCAGAAUGGAGAGUGACGAGGAAAGUGACCCCCCUGAUAGCAUUGUCCCGGCAUCGUCGCCUGAGAGCAUCCUGGGUGAAGAGAUGCCACGCUUUCCACUGCUGGCUGGAGUCAAGUGUGAGGUGGAGGAGUGUCCGCUGUCCCCUGUCAUACCUAUAAUCCCCAAGGCCAGCAUCCCAGCUUUUCCAGAUGUCAAGCCCUAUGGGGCCCUGGAGCAAGCAGGAAAGGGGGCAACAGGCACUUCCUGGGACAAGGCCAAGGGCAGCGAGGUCUCCGUCAUGCUUACAGUGUCUGCAGCUGCUGCCAAGAACCUGAAUGGUGUCAUGGUGGCAGUGGCAGAGCUGUUGAGCAUGAAGAUCCCCAGUUCCUAUGAAGUGCUCUUUCCAGAUAGCCCCAUGCGGAGUGCUGUCACGGAACCCAGGAAAAGUGAAGCUAAUGCACAGGGCAAAGAGAAGCCAGUGACUCCAAAAGGCCCUGAAGGUGGUCCAGAAUGGCUGAAGCAGUUUGAUGCUAUGUUGCCUGGUUACAGUCUCAAGAAUGAGCUGGACAUCUUGACAUUGUUGAAGCAGGAGAGCCCAGCUCCAGAAAAGACUGCUCAGCACUGUUACAUCAACAAUGUUGCUAACCUGGAUGUACGGCAGCUGUUGACCCUCCCUGAAGAGCCCUCCCCACCCCUCUCCCCCUUUGCCCCCUCCCCACCCAGCCCCCCCAGAGCUUCAGAGCUGGCCCCAGAGCCUGAAGUCCCCUCAGAGCCUGCUCCCUCUCCUUCCCCGCCUUCCCCUAAGGAGGAAGCUCCACAGUCUCCCCCAAAAGCCAAGCCUCGUUCCCGGCCCCUGGAGGAUGGCGAGGAGAGCAAGCCGCGGCUGAAGAAGUGGAAAGGGGUGCGCUGGAAGCGGCUGCGCUUCCUCAUCACCAUCCAGAAAGGGGGAGGCCCCAAGCGCGAUGGGGACAGGGAGGUCAGUGAGUUCAUGGAGCGCCUGGCCACCACCCUCCGGCCCGAGAAGGUGCCACGGGACUUGCGGAAGUGCUGCUUCUGCCAUGAGGAGGGUGAUGGGGCCACGGACGGCCCAGCACGACUCCUGAACCUGGACCUGGACCUGUGGGUGCAUCUCAACUGUGCCCUGUGGUCCUCAGAGGUGUACGAGACCCAGGGCGGGGCCCUCAUCAACGUGGAGGUGGCUCUGCAUCGGGGCCUGCUCACCAAAUGCUCGCUUUGCCAGAAGACCGGGGCCACAAACAGCUGCAACCGCAUCCGCUGCCCCAGCGUGUACCACUUUGCCUGUGCCAUCCGGGCCAAGUGCAUGUUCUUCAAGGACAAGACGAUGCUGUGCCCACUGCACAAGCUCAAGGGCCCCUGUGACCAGGAGCUCAGCACCUUUACUGUCUUCCGGAGAGUCUACAUCGAGAGGGACGAGGUCAAGCAGAUCGCCAGCAUCAUCCAGCGUGGCGAGCGCCUCCACAUGUUCCGGGUGGGGGGCCUGGUCUUCCAUGCCAUUGGGCAGCUUCUGCCCCACCAGAUGGCAGACUUCCACAGUGCCACCGCACUCUACCCCGUGGGUUAUGAGGCCACCCGCAUCUAUUGGAGCCUGCGGACCAACAACCGGCGCUGCUGCUACCGCUGCACCAUCUGCGAGAACAAUGGCCGGCCAGAGUUCGUGGUGCAAGUGAUGGAACAGGGUUUGGAGGAUUUGGUCUUCACAGACUCCUCACCACAAGCUGUGUGGAACCGCAUCAUUGAACCAGUGGCCAUGAUGCGCAAAGAAGCCGACAUGCUGCGACUUUUCCCCGAGUAUCUAAAAGGAGAAGAGCUCUUCGGUUUGACGGUGCAUGCUGUGUUGCGCAUUGCUGAGUCUCUGCCUGGCGUAGAGAGCUGCCAGAACUACCUGUUCCGCUACGGGCGCCAUCCACUCAUGGAACUGCCACUCAUGAUCAAUCCCACUGGCUGUGCUCGAUCAGAGCCCAAAAUCCUCACACACUACAAACGGCCCCACACUCUGAAUAGCACCAGCAUGUCCAAAGCUUACCAGAGCACGUUCACAGGAGAAACCAACACGCCAUAUAGCAAACAGUUUGUGCACUCCAAGUCCUCACAGUACCGCCGCCUCAAGACCGAAUGGAAGAACAACGUGUACCUGGCCCGCUCCCGCAUCCAGGGGCUGGGGCUCUAUGCAGCCAAGGACCUUGAGAAGCAUACCAUGGUCAUUGAAUACAUCGGCACUAUCAUCCGCAACGAGGUGGCCAACAGGCGCGAGAAGAUCUAUGAGGAGCAGAACCGAGGGAUCUACAUGUUCCGUAUCAACAAUGAGCAUGUCAUCGAUGCCACGCUGACUGGCGGCCCUGCCAGGUACAUCAAUCACUCCUGUGCACCCAAUUGUGUGGCUGAGGUUGUGACGUUUGACAAGGAGGAUAAGAUAAUAAUCAUCUCAAGUCGCCGAAUACCCAAGGGAGAGGAGCUCACGUACGACUACCAGUUUGAUUUUGAAGAUGAUCAGCACAAAAUCCCGUGCCAUUGUGGAGCCUGGAACUGCAGGAAGUGGAUGAACUAGCCUGAAGAGGCUUGUCCAAGAAGGCAGGGGGGACACCCUGGCUGCCUGGCACAAAUGGCGCAGGAGGCUCUGCAGAGGGAGGCUUGUUCAACCAGCUCUCCGGUCCUCCAGCGCAGUGGAGAAUCUCCCAGGGAAGCAUGAUUGGAAUCCACCAUCCCAACAUGCUGGUGGGGCAGCUGGGACUCACAGGCAGUGGCGAUGUCAGCAUAUGUGCCACCGCACACCAGUCUCGGUUAAGGUAUUCUGCCCAACUGGCCAUUUUGGCUGUCAAGUCCAGCUGCCACCUCCUUCCAGGCAAGGCAGUCUGCCUCUCCCCAGCAGAAGGCAACAGUCACUAGCAACCCCAUCUGGGGUGGGGGACUGAUAAACUGGCAACUCAGGGUUUUCUUUUUAGUAUUUUUCUUUUGAUGCCGAAAUGGGGACCCCUUCUGCCCCUGUGCACCUGUAAAUAAUGGACUUCAGAAAUAUUCUGGGAGGAGAUUGGGGCAUUCUUUCUAGCAGAGCUGGGGGAAGGGGACUGCAGCAUGGCUAUUGGAUCCCCGGAGAAGAAUUUGUAACUCUUUUUUUUCCUCUGUGUGUGUGCGUGUGUUUAGGAAUUUUUUGUGUGCGUGUGAAAGGUUUUUUUAACCUAAUAUCUAUUGCUUGCUAAUCUACCAAGGUAACAAGAGGCUUCAAAGAAACUCAUUAGCUUGACAAUCCACCUUCUAGAGCCCCUGGCUCUGGAUUUUGUAUACUUUUAGGUGUUGGAUUUGAAAAGGGGAGUAUGAAUGUGUGUGUAUACAUAUUGUUUUUGGGAAAAAGUACUUUUUUCAGUGAGAGCAGGCACUGACUUGCAGAAGCUGGAAACAGAUCUUCCUUUCCUCUGCCUCCCCACCUUCCCAUCUUCCAUGCGCGAGGAGCAUCCGCACUUGAACCUACCUCAUUUGAAGUGUUAGACUUUGCUGUUUUGUUUUUCUCUAAUAUUGAGCCCCUCGCUGUGCCACCCUUCUGCUUUUUGAGCCCUCUUCCCUGAACAUGGAGACCCACAGCUGCUCUGGCACACAUGGGAACAGUUUCCAGGUGGAGGUGGGAAGUGGGAUUCCCCCCCUUCUCAUCUCUCCCCCCCACCACCAAAAGCAAGAUUGUCUUCUAGAUCUCAUCCACAGUGAAUUGCUGCAGUGAAUACCAGUUUCCCAUCCACCAACGGGGCAGAUCACACUGCAAGGUAUGAUACGGUGGUCUGAAUGUGCCAACACAUUGGGGGACGAAAGAGCUCUUGGUCACCAGAUGCCAACCCCAGCACUUCUCUUCAGCAGAGCUUCACUUUGCCCAUCUGCAAAGCAGGGAGCAUGUGUUUGGUUAAAAGGCCAAUGGUUAAUGGCUAACUCUGAGCAGGGGGAGGGGGAGGAUCAGCUGUUGGCCUAGCCCAUCUCCUUAAAGUCCCAGUUCCCUCUCUGAGUCCCCAUGAUCAACUUGCUGCUCUGAAGGCUUGUAUAUGUAUGUGUGUGAGAGAGAGAAUGAGAGAGAGAAAGAGCUGUUGGCACAUUGCAGAGGCUGGGAUUAUUUAUCUAUUUAUAUAUAUUGUAUAUAUAUUUGAACUAGCAUGGGGGAAGAAUGCUGUGGCUGCAGCAUUGUGACGGACUGCUGAGUAGCUCUCUGCAGAAGAUCCCCCUCCUCAGUGGGAAGGCAACUAGAAGGGGAGGCUUGUUUAUUAACCAAUCUUUGGGUGGAAAAGAGUGUGUGGGAAAGGGAGUGUGUUUAUGCUUUCUCUCUCUCUCUCUGUGUAUAUAGAUAUUCUGUUUUUUCCUUUUUUUAAAGAAAACAGAAUCAGUUUAUAACCAGUAUCUUAAGAGCCAUCUGUCCAGCAGCAACUUACCCCAUGUAGGGAGAUUAUGUAUUAAUAGAAGGUAAAAUGUGGGCAUUAUAAAGGGGACUGGGAUGGACGGACACACACACACACACACACACACACACACGGUCUCCCUGCUGUUCAGUGACCCUUGAGAGGACUGCUGGUACCCUUGAACCUAAGUUGGUAUGGGAGUGGGGCAAGAGUUGCUGAGACUUUACUGGUAAGGCUCUCUUGACUAACUUUGUACAGUUGAGAUCUGUAACGCACAAUUGCACCAUUUUCCUCUUUCCCGUUUAAAACGUGUACUUGUCCCCCAAACAUGCCUGACAGAGUGGCGUCAAGAGAUCUAGUAGGCCACAGCUCAUACUCUCACCUGGUUGACACAGUGCAGAGAGAACGUGGCAACAACCUGUCUUUCCUAGCAGUGUGAGGUGGGGUUAAUCAGGGUUAGCAUGCAAAAAUACCUUUUCUUUCUGACCUUGUCGGCAAGAUGAGAACCAUGUUCUUGAGUGAAAAAGCUGCUUCUGGAAACCGUUCUAAGCUAUGACGGUUAAAAAACGGGGUUGGGGGGAGAUGACAAAUUAUUAAGUAAUUAAAGUUGUAAAUAAGAUGGCAUUUGUGUAGAGAAGGGGGGAAGUUUUAUCAAUAACAAAACCACUGGACUUUGUUUUAAAAUAAAGGUUUGAGUUAAAGCCAGUAUACAUUUUUUGUCUCUUUGGAUUUGUUUGUGUGUCUUUCCAUUAAUUUGGAAGGCUGUAAAGAUGUAAAAAAAUAAAUUUUAAAGAAUUGCUACAAAGGUUUAAAAGCUUGAGAGAGAUUUUAAAAUAAAAAGAUAAAAGUGACUGAAUAUAAUAGAUUGUCAAGAUUUUUUUGGAUGACGGUUAGAGUUUAAGAUAAUCCUGUAGAUUUUAGCUGAUGAAGAAAGACUAUACAGUUUUUAAUUUUUAUAUAAACUAUAACCCAGUCUUGAAGCUAAAACUUUUUUAAAGUUCUCUGCCUGUAUAAUCGCAUUUGACGCCUUGUCCCAUACUUCUGUUUACAGUUGCACAUAUUAUAUAUAUUAAGUUUUAACCCUUUUAUGAACCCAAAAUAAUCACUUUUUAAAAAAUAAAGUGUGGACUUUGUGAGGAAUUA